AUGUAUCAACCAUUCGCAAUGAGUUCUGAAAGCAGCUUAUCAAAAAGCAGUGUCGACCACGCUCUGUCUGAAGAGCCGCUGGUCGUGUAUGGCCGGAGUCAAUCAGAGAAAAAGAUGUCUGUAUUCAAUUUCAACUUCACCUCUUUGGUUGACGAUCACGUGAUGAAACAAAGGCGACCGACCAGGGGCUACAAUGCUGUGCAGGAACCUCUGCUGGAGAUAAUGGAUAGGAAGUCCGCCAAGCGAUUAGUGUACAAGCCGAGGAAAGCUGGAGAUGCACCAUCCGAAACGACGUUAGCGUCCACUAUUGUGACACUUAACGCGCAAAAGCCGACGGGAGCUGGGGGUCAAUGUACUAGACACUGGAUACCGCAACACUCUGUACAGUUACCAGAGCAGGCGAAAAUCGAUGCAGUCCUGAAGGGAAAAGACGAAACUCAGGUUACUGAUCAUAAGUUUUUCUUCGAACCCUUGCAACUUCUAAGGAAGGAUAAAGACAUGGUGAAGAUCCAAGACGACGCCUCAAACAAAGACACACAGACAGCCCCAGUAAUUACCACGCCAGGGAACAGACAGAUGGUGACACUACACACUGUAUGUGCACCCAAAACGGGCGCCAUCAAACUGACGGGGCUGGCCUACGAGCUGGACUAUCCCGUCGUUUACGAUGACAGAAAAAAAGGACCGGCUCCACAAAAACUGUUUGGCUUCACAAAGUACAGCCUUGUCCCCCAAGCCUGCCCGAAUGAUUCAGAAGUCCUUCAGAACUCAGAGAAAGACGCAGGAUCGUCUCGAAACGUUGAUUGGUCCAACCCACGUAGAACAAUUUUGGACCGUUCCCAGAGAGUUGUUAAACAAACGAGCGGCCGGGAAG